AUGGAUAAGACUUGCGCCGAAACCCAUGCGGCGCUGCAGCGAUUUAUCGCAUCCCAGAAAGCCUUCCUCGAGCGCACCCAGUCCGACAUAGACCGUUUGAAGAGGCUCAAGGCCGAAGCAGCCGUCGAUCCUGAUCGAUUUUGCUCAAAUAUCAGCAAUAAUCUGAAUGACUCUGCCUACAAGCUUAGCAAGCGGCUGGAAGGCUGGACGGACCCCCCAGACGUCGACUGGGAUACCUUUGUUGGUUGUGAUCCCAGUGCGCUGAAGGCCCUCGGUUCUGAUGCGCGCUCAUCGUAUGCCAACCGUAAUCAGCCUCAUACUUCUCAACGCUCCGAGUUGUCCGAACUCCAAAAGCUUGUCAAACGAGCAAAAUGCCAGAUACUUGACCCCGUUGUCGACAAGCUCACUUCGCAGGGGUGUUUCGACAGAGACGAGGACGACGAGAUCGACAUGGAAGAAAUGAAGCGUGAGAUCGAGCGUGAACGGAUGAUGCGCCUGAAGAAGAAGAAGAUUCGCUGCGGAGGUCUCACGAUCUCAAUCAGUGCUCGAGUGCCCACAGAUGUUGUCGUUCGAAAGGACUUGGAGGACGAAAGCGGCGAUGUGGAAAUAUCUAUCGGGGAUGAUCGCAAGGCUUGCGACCCUGCAUCAUCUUUGCAGUCUGCUGUCGACGACAUUCCAUCGAUUUCUCACACAUCAUCCGCACCACCUUUUGUCACCAGUUCUUCCAACAUAGUCAAGGCGACACGUGUCCGACGUGCCCCAGCGAGAACACAGGAACAAGACGCAGGCCUGAAUGACACUAGGCCGCUAAAGAAGGCGAAGCUGAAGGCAGAACCUGAAGAGCCUCUCACCAUAGCUCCCACUACUGCUGCGAAUACGAAGCGCUCGCGUGAUGCUAGCCGGCCCAAGUCAGAAACCUACAAACAGGCUUGGUCGACAUCUGAACAACACCUGCUUGAAAAGCUUCUUGAAGACAUACCAGACGGCGAAAAGAAUAGGUGGCAGAAAAUUUCCCAAGCAAUGGACGGACGUAGAACACCUCGUCAGGUAGCUAGUCGGGUUCAGAAGUAUUUUGAGAAGUUGAAACGAUUCGGUGUUGGAUUGAACGGCUCAUAA